AUGUUCCACCAGUUUCAUGUCAAAAAAGAAGACCAAGACUAUUUGAGAUUCCUCUGGUGGGAUAGUGGCAACCUGGAGGCACAGCCUUCCGUCUACCGCAUGAAAGUUCAUCUGUUUGGCGCAGCAUCUUCACCAGGCUGCGCCAACUUUGGACUUAAGCACAUUGCUGCCACAGGACGCAGUUCGGUCAGUCAGGACACAGUCAGGUUCAUUCAGAGGAACUUUUAUGUCGAUGAUGGUCUAACGAGCACAGAAACGAAAGACCAGGCAAUCCAAUUAGUCAAGGAAGCAAGAGACCUCUGCAAUAUGGGAAAACUCCAUCUGCACAAGUUUGUCUCAAAUUGCAAGGAAGUACUGGACACAAUCCCUGAAAAGGAACGUGCAGAAGGCACCAAAGACCUGGAUCUGGCAUUUGGAGGGUCUCAAGUAGAGCGAGCCCUUGGGGUUCAGUGGUGCGUGGCUUCCGAUCAGUUCCAGUUCAAAGUUGCAGUAAAAGACAAUCCACUUACCAGAAGAGGGGUCUUGUCCACAGUUGCCUCACUGUAUGACCCACUUGGCUUUGUGGCCCCGUACAUCUUGAUAGGAAAACAAAUCCUGCAGCAAAUGUGUCGAGGCAUGCUUGACUGGGAUGAUGUCUUACCCGAAGACCUCAAGCCAUUGUGGGAAUCCUGGCUUAUGGACUUGAUACACUUGGCUGACAUAUCAAUCUCAAGGUGCUAUACUCCCAAAGGCUUCAUUGUCAAACAUUAUGAGCUCCACCAUUUCUCUGACGCCAGUACAUCAGGCUAUGGAGUGUGCUCAUAUCUUAGAGCAGUGAGCACAACAGGAAAGGUUCACUGUUCCUUGGUCAUGGCUAAGGCAAGAGUUGCACCUACCAAGGUCACUACUAUACCAAGACUGGAGCUCUCAGCAGCAGUCACAGCUGUUCGCAUCAGUGACUUGCUGAAAAAGGAACUUGAAAUUGACUUCUUGCAUGAGUUUUUUUGGACUGAUUCUAAAGUAGUCAUUGGAUAUAUCAACAAUGAUGCCAGAAGGUUUCAUGUCUUUGUGGCUAACCGAGUGCAGCGCAUCAAGCAAAGCACAGAGCCUGCUCAAUGGCGAUAUGUGGCUUCUGAAGACAACCCUGCAGACUAUGCGUCUAGGGGUCUUGCAGCACAGCAACUCAAGGUCUCCAACUGGUUCACAGGCCCAGCAUUUUUGUGGCAAAAGGAGCUGCCUCCUGAAGAUGCCAUGGUGGGAGAAAUCUCAAGUGCUGAUCCUGAAGUCAAAGAGGCUUAUGCUCAUAACACUCAAGCCAACGAAGAUGUUUCACUUCUGGAUCGUAUACACAAGUUCUCAGACUGGUCAAGACUUGUCAGAGCUGUAGCUAGACUGACGCGCAGAGUAAAACAGGCCAAGGGACUCCCGCAAAGGUCAAGUGAAGCCACAACUUUGGAGGAAAGAAGAGCAGCAGAGUUGAUGCUUAUAAGGAUGGUACAAAGGGAUAGCUUUGCUCAAGAAAUACAGUACUUGAGACAUUGCAACGGGGAGCGCACCGAAGUAAUGAACAAACUGCAGAAACUGAGUCCAUUUCUUGAUGAGGAAGGUGUCCUCAGAGUAGGUGGGCGCUUGACUCAUGCAGCCCUCCAUCCACAUGUGAAGCAUCCCGCGAUUCUUCCUCGAGACAGCUACUUGUCAUCACUCCUCAUAAAGCAUUAUCACGAGAGAGUGCACCAUCAAGGACGUGCUUUGACUAUGAACGAGCUCCGCGCUAAUGGGAUAUGGAUCCUUGGGUGCAGCAAGUCUGUGUCAUCAUACAUUUACAAGUGCACCAAAUGCAGGAAAUUAAGAAGAUCCCCAGAACAACAAAAGAUGGCAGAUCUUCCUGUUGAGCGCACAGAAGAGGCCCCUCCCUUCACCUAUUGUGGGAUGGAUUGUUUCGGGCCAUUUUAUGUCAGAGAAGGAAGGAAAGAGCUCAAGCGCUAUGGACUUCUACUUACCUGUAUGGCUUCUAGAGCAGUGCACAUUGAAAUGCUUGAUGAUCUUUCCACUGACUCCUUCAUUAAUGCACUUCGAGCUUCCAUUUCCAUUCGCGGGCCAAUCCGUCAGUUAAGAUGCGAUCAAGGUACGAACUUUGUUGGUGCAAGGAGAGAGUUUGCUGAGGCAUUAACUGAAAUGAAAGAAAAGUUCAGAGGAGAAGGAUGUGAGUUUAUCAUGAAUACACCAGCUUCAAGUCAUAUGGGCGGAGUUUGGGAAAGGCAAAUCCGCACCAUCAGAAGUGUCUUAACGUCAAUCUUGGAGCAGUCAUCCAGACAACUUGACUGUUCUUCUCUUAGGACAUUUUUGUAUGAAGUUAUGGCUGUCAUCAACAGCAGGCCUUUAACCACUGAUUACGUCUGUGAUGCUUCUUGCCCUGAGCCCCUGACACCUAAUCACAUUUUGACCAUGAAAUCCACAGUAAUCGCUCCACCUCCUGGACGAUUUGUCAGAGAAGAUCUGUAUCUUCGUAAGCGAUGGCGUCGUGUUCAGUUCCUGGCCAACAGUUUCUGGUUGCGAUGGAAGAGGGAAUAUCUCUUGAAUCUUCAGCAUCGACAGAAGUGGACCAAGGAACAAAGAAACGCAAAGGUUAAUGACAUUGUUCUUAUGCUGGAUGACAUGGCCCCACGCAGUCAAUGGAAGUUGGCUAAAGUCACUGAAGUGCUACCAGGAAAGGAUGGAAGAGUGAGAAAGCUAAAGCUCUUGAUCAGUGAUCCUACUCUUGAUUCCAGGGGUAAACGUACCUCCAAACCUACCUACCUUGAACGCCCUAUCCAGAAGACUGUUACACUCCUGGAAGCAGAUUAAAGGCUUGAUGUUACACUUUCAUCCUGUCAUUAUAAGCUUACAAGCCGUAGUUAAAUCUAAAAAUAGUGAAGAAAAGGUUAUAAAUAAGUUCAUAUAGCUUCACAUUAGGAAUAAAGAAAGUAAAAAUCACAGAAGAUUUUGGUGGGAGUAUAACUGUCAUCAGUUACAUAAAUGGCAUGAAUAAUAUUUCUAAUAUAUAAAUUAGUUUUGUAAUUUUAUUUCUUUAUUGGGGGCAUGAUUUUUAUGGUGCACCAUAUUUUUUGUGUUGUAUUUGUUGUGUUUGUAUUGAGGCGGAACCUAUUAUUGGAGCUACGCUCUGGGGGACAUAAUUUAUGACCGUAAAACAAAGGGAAUAUCUUCAGAAACGGCGGUAAUCCAGUCCUUUGCAUAUCAGGACUAAAGGACACUUUAUGCAUUGUUUGUGAGAUGCAUUUGAUGAACAUUGCGUGAAGAAUGUAACACGGACAUUUAAAGUUUGUAUGGAACCCAGGUUUGGAAUAUUGUUCGAGAAGAAAUGUUCUGAAGAAUGACGAAGCUUUUUGUGCAAGGAACCUAGCUCCUUUUGGUAACAAGCUGCCAGCGAGUUUUCACGGGACCAAGCAGAAUAAAGAGCGCCCUGUGGUUUAAACGAAAACUCUGUUUCCUCGUGUUACUGGGGGAGCUACAAGCAGAGUUUUGUAGGAAA